UUUAAACUUUUUUGUAGAACCUGACUGAGGGAGAACCGCACAAAAAUUCCUAUGUUAUUGUAUAUUUUCCGAGCCACACCUGAAGGCAGCACAGAAGGAGUGUGUGCACCGGAGGGAGGAACCCGUGUGUGUGUGUGUGUUUGUGUGUGUUUGCUCAUCAGUGUGAUCAGAGCCAUGGAGGGCAAAAGAGGACUGUCGGACGAGGCCGUGUCUGCCGCCUGUAAGGAAGGAGACCCCAUCACAAAGGAUUACAUGAUGCAGCAGACGAUGCUGAGGGUCAAAGAUCCGGCCAAAUCUCUCAACUUCUACACUCGAAUCCUGGGCAUGACUUUGCUGCAGAAGAUCGACUUCCCCUCCAUGAGGUUCACUCUUUAUUUCCUGGGUUACGAGGAAAAAUCAGACAUCCCGGCUGACAUUAAAGAGAGGACGGCGUGGACGUUUUCUCGCAGAGCCACCAUCGAGCUCACACAUAACUGGGGCUCAGAGCUCGAUGAAAGUCUGUCGUACCACAACGGGAACAACGAGCCGCGAGGAUUCGGUCACAUUGGAAUCGCUGUCCCCAACGUUUACGCCUCCUGUAAACUGUUUGAAGAACAAAAAGUGACGUUUGUAAAGAAGCCGGACUCAGGUAAAAUGAAGGACCUGGCCUUCAUCCAGGAUCCUGACGGUUACUGGAUCGAGAUUUUAAGUCCCAACAAAAUGGUCUCACUAAUGUCGCCUUAAUGCACGCACAUAGAGACUUUUUACAUCUCAAACCUUUAAUACGUUCAUAAACUCUGAUUUAUGUUUGAAUCCUGCUCCUGUUAGACUUCCUGUUUUGAUGUGUUACUGUUUAAAAGGAACCAAACGAACAAAAUAAAAAGAAAGUUGUCGA